CCCGCGGACAACGUGCGUGCAUAAACCACAUAAACGACAGCGACAGUUACCUGCACAAUCCCAUGACCACGUUUGUGUUGUACUGACUGGGAACAGGCUGUAACACGGAGGUCGUUGUUGUUCAUGUUGUUGUACCUUCGGAGGAUAAUUUCAGCAAAUGUGCAUAUACCUUUCGGAUCGGAACACGUCCUCGCCACAGAUUAACAUAAAAGUUGAAAACUCGCUCGGAAGACUUCACAGAUUUGUGGGACUCUCGUUGAUGUAUGGAUUUUGUGUGAUUCUUGUCGUUCUGUGACCUCUACAUUGCUUCAUUUGUUGCUCAUACUUGAGCGAGGUCAAGGUCAGACCUUUUCCCCUACGGAUCUGAACCGUGCUGACGUUACUACGUCAUUAUUUUGAUAAAUAUACAGCGUACAUUCCUCACAAGUGUAAUUUGAUUCAACAGCCUUCACCAACAACUGAAGAUACUUGUGAAAAUUUACUGAGAAUACGUGCAGUGCUUUAUCUAAAGGUCAAGGUCAACGUAGAAAGAACUGUUAUUGUUUUACAAAAUGGAGAAACAUCAGAUCGAGUCCAAAUCGUUGCCGGUUUUUCUAGUAGGAUCGUUUGUGGCCUAUGUCCUGUUGGUCACCGGCUUCUUUGUGCCGUACUGGAUUGGUAACGAUACCCUAGGUGUCUACAGCGGGCUGUGGUUCGCGAGGAUUUGUACCCCUCAGGAAUGUCAGAAUCUGUGGUACAUUGAUCACGUUGAUCGCACACCGGAAGUAGAAAGAUGGGACGUUCUACGUGCAUUCGAAACGUUGGCCAUGAUAGUCGGAGUUGUCUCCCUUGUGUUUGGCGUGCUGAUGAACACCAUGCGGCAUAAAACGUCGAAAAGUCGUCACGUGACACAAGGAAUGUUCUUCGCGACGUCUGUGUUUGCAGGAUUAAUGGCUACUGUCGGCGUCCUUGUCUUCAUCGCCACGGUCCAGAGAGCCGACAUGAUGUGGGCUGCCUCUCUCCCCGCUCUGGGGGGCCUGCUGUUCUUCACGUGUGGCGUCUUUACCCUAGUCGUCUGUAGAUACGACCCUGACUACACCCUAGACCGGACCCCCACUUACGUCAUGGAGCAGACAUCUUUCUAACAUCGGCUUGGCGUUGUUGGAUAGCUUAUUCAUUGUCAUGGUGACCGCUGCUAUGGUCAUGCCAUUCAGUUUUGAAUGGGACAGUGCGUCGCUUUUUUUCACAACCGUCUGUUGUCAUGGUGACCCGUUGCUAUAGUGACUUCAGUUAGCUUGAAUGGCACGGUGCGUGCUUGUCAUCAUAGAGCAGUAAUUCUAUUUGUCGUUAUGUAUACUUAGCUAAUGAGAAAAAAAUAUUACUCUCAAGCGGAAUAGGUGUUGGGUAUAUGGGUCACUUGCACCUAUUCGUUUACAAACUUCACUAAACUGACGGUGGGUAGCCUAGUAAUUAAAGCGUCCGGUCGUCACGUCGAAGACCCGUGUUCGAUUCCCACACAAGUGCAAUGUGUGAAACCCAUUUCUGGAAUACUGUUAAAAGCGGCGUAAAAACAUACUCACUCGUUCAAAUGCACGUGUUCAGGUGUCGCUCCUGCCUCUCCGACAACACUGCUGAAGAGUUUGGGACCAAACCGUGCUGACCUAGCAAAACCUUCAAGGCCUUAGUAGAGUUUACUAACUUAAUUUUUCGGUUACAAUAUCUUCUGGCUGGUUGGACAAACAGUGAUACUAAUUAACCCCAAUUCCUUGAGACCGUGAAAAAUAUCGAGUGAUCCGUACUUCGAUACAACCGGAUAUUGAAAUAUUUUAAUGAUACCAAGACUUGCAUACCUAUGUCAACGUAAAGGUUAAUCGCAACGCUUUAAGAAAGAGCAUCAUACAGCAAGCUGAGCCAGUUCAAUAAACAAAGGUCCGGAUGUAUAUGCUGUCGAUGUAUACUAUCCGGGCAUGAAGAAUAAUGACAUUAAUUAUGGAUAUACAACUUCUUUUAUUCUGUGGAGGCGACGUUUCGACAUAGGUUCUAAUGUCGUUGUCAAGC